AUGUAUCCACAAGGCCGGCAUCCGGCUCCGCACCAGCCGGGCCAGCCGGGAUUCAAGUUCACGGUGGCCGAGUCCUGCGACCGGAUCAAAGACGAGUUUCAGUUCCUCCAGGCCCAGUAUCACAGCCUGAAAGUGGAGUACGACAAACUGGCCAAUGAGAAGACAGAAAUGCAGCGCCACUAUGUCAUGUACUAUGAGAUGUCCUACGGGCUGAACAUAGAGAUGCACAAACAGAAUAUGAAAACAUGCAUAGCUGACCUUAGGAUCCACCCUUAUCCCGCCAAGCCUGGAGCAGGCGAACACAUAGGGGCUUCCUGUGGAGAACAUGCUGACAGGCCAAACAACAGCGAGGGCACGCUGCCUGAUGGGGAUGGGCUGAUAAGAUUAAAGUGA